AAAACUGUUGUGUGCUCCGUCCGUUUCAUGUGCGAGAUGACAUUUGGUUCGAAAAAGAAGAGUACGCCAUGCACAAUUCAUGACAACAGUUGAAUCUGGCCCGGACGAUUUGACUGAGAAUUUCCAACAAUGCUGAGAAGAAAUAUUUCGUUUUCUGUUGACACCUCGAAAUUAAAGAAUGAGAGAGCUAGUCAUGGGGAGCACUACAAGCCAACAGACUUGGAGCACCUGGCCAACAUGUUCACUCAUGGGAUCUGUAUAUUUCCGAGCCUCUAUGGUUUGAAGAUAAUGCAGGAGCGAGCCUCAUCCCCAACCGAGGUCGCCGCUCUCCUUAUUUACGGCAUGGCACUGUUCUUUUUGUUCACUACGUCCACCAUGUAUCACUCACUCUCAUUUGCUAGGACUAAAAGCAAGCUAAAGCACUGUUUGCACAUUGGUGACCGAGCAGUGAUCUAUAUCUUCAUUGCUGCUUCUUACACUCCUUGGCUGCUGCUGAAGGACUUCGGAGGUGUGGACAAUUUCUUCAUGUGGGUGGUCUGGGUCGGGGCUGUACUUGGCAUUAUCUACCAGUUCCUCUUCCACAGCAAAUACAAGUCGCUAGAGGUAGUGUUUUACCUUAUUAUAGGAAUUUGUCCAGCUUAUGCAGUCACACACAUGACAGAUCCAUCAGGUGUGCAUGAGCUUGCUGUGGGGGGAGUGAUUUAUGUGGCUGGGGUCCUGUUCUUCAAGUGUGAUGGCAUUAUUCCAUUUGCCCACGCCAUCUGGCACUGCUUCGUGUUCCUUGGCGCAUUCGUUCACUUCUACGCCAUAAAUACAUAUCUGGUCGGCCAGCAUGGGAAAACUGAAAACAUUGUUGACAGAAUGGUUUGAUGAUGUGUUUUGCUAGAUUUUGAAUUCCUUUUUGUCCUUUACAUCUGUUUUUCUGAAUAAUUCCAAUAAGAUAACAGCAUUGCUUUUGACUAAAAGAGCCAAUGACUUUCAUUUAUUUUUAAUAUAUAGUUAAUUUGUGUUUUUGCUGCAAUGAUAAAAUUUUGACUCCACUGUUAAACAUUUUAAUACAGAAGUACACUAUUUGGUUGAAAGGAAAAUCCAAAAUUUCUUCUCACUGUUGUCAUUCUGUAUCUGUGAUUUUAGGGUAUUUUUUAUUUUUGUCAUCGUAAAGAUAACAUUGAUGAGUAUUUGGAUGGAUAUUGCAGGGACAAAACAAACAAAACUAUUUAUUAUUUAUAUUCACUUAGCUUAACAUUAUUCCAUUUUAUGGUCGAGCCUGCUUGAAGUGAGCGAGGCAUCGUUGUCACAAUGGCUGUUCUGAGUAUGUGCGUAGGAAAGUGCUUCACCUGUCGGGACUAAAAUUGUUCGCUAGGUAUCUUGACCAUGCAUUUUAGGAUUUUCAAAAAACUUGCCAUGAGGGUUCACCAUGAUGAGGCGGUCCGUCGCAAACAAUACCAAGUUCUGUACUCAAAAGGUCAAAGGUUGAAUUGAUCCUUAUACGGUCUGUAACUUGACCAUGCAUUAUAGGAUUUCAAAAAAACUUGCAAUGAAGGUUCACCAUGAUGAGGUGGCGUGUUGUGCAUAAGACCAUGUUAAGGUGAAAGGUUGAAAUGAUCCUUGUCCAGGCUGUAUCUUGACCAUGCAUUAAAGGAUUUUAGAAAUUGCCCUAAAUGUUCACAAUGACGAUGCAGCCUGUCGCACUCAAGACCCAGGCCUGUACCUCAAAGGUCAAGGUCAAAGUUAGAGGUCAUAAGUUAAAAUGAUCUUUGUCCAGACUGUAUCUUGACCAUGCCUUAAAAGAUUUUCAAAAAACAUGCAGUGAAGGUUUACCAUGUUGACCGGGCGUGUUGCACACAAGACCCAGGUUUGUGCCUCAAGGAUCAGAUUUAGGUUAGAGGUCUAAUGUUGAAAUGAUCCUUGUCAGGGCUGUAUAUUGACCAUGCAUUAUAGGAUUUUCAAAACACUUGCAAUAAAUGUUCAUCAUAAGGAGGCCGCUUGUUGGUAACAUGGCGAAGGUCUGCACCUCAUGGGUCAAGGUCACACCUAGUGGUCAAAGGUUGAUCUCAAAAUCAAGGUUACAGGUCAAAGGUUGAAAGGAUCCUUCCAGGUAUUGUUCAACUUCACUUUGCUCUGUAUUGCAAUCGCAUUGAAGAGCAUCAUGUCUGUUACCAAGGCUUUUUCAACGGGCUCGACAUAUUGCCAUUUUGCAUCUUCUUUAUUGAUAUUUGAACAGUUGUGGAUCAUUUUUUAAAUUUUCUGAAAUAGUCCUGUUAUAUUUCAUAUAUUUUGCAUAUUUAUAAUGGACACACCAUUUUGGACUUUCAUACAAUUUUUUGCUUUUUGUAAAUAUUUCAUAUUCAGUGACAUUUCAGUAAGCAAUCCUGAAAAUGUGAUGUUGAUAUCUUUAAAAUUGCUGAAAAUCUAUGUUUAUAAGCAUAAUUAUGCAGUGUAAAUUUGGACUGCUAACUUUGACAUUGCUGACAUGAUGUUCACACAAUAAGACUGUGGUUAAAAAGGACAGUAUGAACUUUGUCCUGAUAGAACAUGGCAAAGAACGUGAUUGUUAUGGUAACAUGGGUAAAGGAAUAGUUAUAAAUCCUUUUAAUAAUGAUCUAACAAUAUCUUACAAUUUAACUAAAAAAGUUUUCAAAGUAUUUAAACAUUUCAGUAUCUUUUUCACCCAUGAUAAUUUCAUUUGCUAGAAUUAUGUCCGAAGGCCCAAAAUUGGGUAGAGCACCUCAUAUCAAAGAUGAAUAGAGGAUAUUUGUUGAAUUUCAGCAUAAAAUCAAAAUUGAUUUCACAUAAUGAUCACAAAAAAUCAAUCUUUUCAUGAGUGGCUUAAUAUUCUGUCAUCACAAGUGAUUUCUUUUAUGAAUUUUCUCCAUACAGAAUAUUCUGUUUCUUUAAGGCUAACAUUUAAGAAGAAAACUGUCAAAUUAAUAUGUGUUUAUGAAAAAUAACAUUGUGAUGUCAAUUUGAAGACAUAAUUUGAAACAAUUCAUCCCACUAUGUUUUUUUGUUUUUUUUAUUAAACAUUGGGAAAUCCAUUAGAGAUGUGGAAAAAAAAGUUGAUAUUUUACUGCAGUAAAAUGAAACUGUGGAAAUAAUACAUGAUAAUUCAACGAACAGCAUAAUAAGAUCUGUUGUAUUUCUAUAAAAAUGGCAUUAUCUGCCUGUUGUGAUUUGUGGUUAGUUUGAUUGAUUGUCAUUUUGUAGCGUGCAAUAAACUGUGUCUUUAGUAUUGAUAUAAAAAUGAUCAAAAUAAACCACAUCCAUAAAACUAUAGUUUCAUAAAAUGUCAUGUCAAUCUAUUUUUCUAUAUCUGCCGAGUAUUGAUAAUGGAAACUGGAUGCUUCUUUGAAAGAUCUCCUACAUACUUAACCAAAGAUGUUACAAACACUUAUAUUGUGAUAGCAUACAUAUUUAUUUCCAUAUUUUUUGUUUUAUUAACAAAUGUCCCAUCAGAUACACCACCAUACUUUACCUUGUAGUAAGAUGUUGUUCUGAUCAAAUAUAUUCAUAUGCAUGUUAGAUAGAUAGAUAGAUUCGUUUGUGUAGGCUUUAUACAUUUAUACAGGUUAUUUACAUAUUGUUGUUAAGACUUUUACCUGGUACUGGUUGAUUUUGUAUCUUGUUUAUUAUUAUUAUGAUAGUUAGUUAGUGUAUGUAAGGCGUAUUAUGUCCUAUGACCUACAUCAUAUCUCUAUACGUCUGUAAAAUCAUAUAAUGCUCUAUGACUUUAUUUGUUACUCUCUAUACAUCUGUAAGGCCGUAUUACAUCCCAUGACCUACAUCCUAUUUCUAUACAUCUGUAAAGCCGUAUUACAUCCCAUGACCUACAUCCUAUUUCUAUACAUCUGUAAGGCCGUAUUACAUCCCAUGACCUACAUCCUAUUUCUAUACAUCUGUAAAGCCGUAUUACAUCCCAUGACCUACAUCCUAUUUCUAUACAUCUGUAAGGCUGUAUUAUGUCCCAUGACCUACAUCCUAUUUAAAUACAUCUGUAAGGCCGUAUUACGUCCCAUGACCUACAUCCUAUUUCUAUACAUCUGUAAGGCCGUAUUACGUCCCAUGACCUACAUCAUAUUUCUAUAUAUCUGUGAGGCCCCAUUCUGUCCCAUGACCUACAUCAUAUUUCUAUAUAUCUGUGAGGCCCCAUUCUGUCCCAUGACCUAUAUCAUAUCCGUCUAUACAUCUGUUAAGCUGUAUUACGUUCCAUGACCUAUAUCAUAUCUGUUUUUAUAUCUAUAAGGUCAUAUUAAGUCCAUUGACCUACCUCAUAUCUCUCUAUACAUUUGUACCAUAGUAUUACAUCCCAUGAGUGAUGACCUAAAUCUUUUUUUUAUUUUCUGUAAUUUCAACAAAGAAAUUUACUUUCUUCAAUAUUUCUAUUUUAUCAGCUCUCAGAUGGUUCAUGCACAUGUAGUAAGACUUUGUUACAUCAAAUAUCAUAUGUUCUUUAAAGCAUGGAAAUUAUGACGUUUGUAUUUAGCAAAUGAUCAGAUUUUAAAUAUGAAAACCAUUAUUUAAAGAAGGCUUUUGCUUUUGGUGCUGACUUCACUGUUUAACUCCUGAAGGUCUCGAGAUGUAAGGCAAUCUGUAAAAACCAGGCUGUGAGAAUAAUGUUAUGCAAGAUCACGUUUUUUUCAACAAGAAAAUUUUUCGAGGGUGACAUAUAUCAAUAUUAACUGUCUCUUUGUUAAUUGAAAGUAAAAACAAAACCACUGUCAUGCUUUCGAAAAAAAACCACUUGCUUUUACAUGAUACGUCAUUUUCCCCUAAGCCUUGGCUUUCGCAGAUUGCGUCACAUGUAUUAUAUGUGCCAUGAUAAGUUUAUACCUCAGAUAUUUAAUUUCAAUGUAACUGUACAAUCAACUUGUUUUUAACUGGCAAAAAAACAAUUAAAUCCUCAUUACCUUUCGUUCACCUGAGCUAAACUAUUUACAGGUAUUGCACUUGUUUAUGAAAAUAGUAAAAAUGAUAAGUAUUACUUUCAAUGAAACAAUUUGCUAGUUUGCUUUUAUUCUCUGUUUUGAUAACAUCAUUAGAUUGCUUGACAUCGCUGACAUUGAGUAAUCAAUUUUUUCUGUUUGCGUCAUGGACCUUUUUUUCAUGAGCAUCAUUUUUAAAAGUCUGGAGAUUGUUUGAAAUGUUGCUAUGCUUGUUGGAUUUUAUAAAAAAACAA